AUGGCCGGCAGUGAUUCACAAAACCGCCGACGCCAGGGGAUGGGUCUUGCGAAUGAUUGUGACGCACAAUCGACGGCCGACGCCGUGUACAACAUCCUGUACCAGACGCCGACGGUCAAGAAGACCACGAACCGCGUGCAUAUCCUCAACUGCUUCAUGCAGGACGAGCCGGGAAUCCUGACGCGCGCAACGGGCAUCAUGGCGGCACGCGGCUACAACAUCGACAGCGUGGUAGUCAGCCGCACCGAGAUCCCCGGGCUCUCUCGAAUGACCAUCACGGUCAAGGGUGAGAAGGCCGUGGUGCAGCAGGCACGCAAGCAGCUGGAGGACCUGCCGCAGGUAUGGGCGGUUGUUGAUCUGACCAACAUCAAGGCAGUGGAGCGCGAGGUGCUGCUGAUCAAGCUGUCGACGCUGGGCCCGGACCACAUCAUCUGCAACGUCAACACGUGUACGCCGCGCCAGCCCAUGGCGCCAUCCGAGAUCCAGAAGAUCGAGAAGAACCUGAUCAAAGAGCGCAAGGAGGAGAUGGAGGCCGAGCUGCCGCUGUCGAUGAGUGAGCCCCAUGUGCAGAUGAUGGAGAGUGGCCGGCGCCUGACAUAUAUUCGCAGUCUGUCAGACAUGUUUGGUGCCAAGGUCGUCGACGUCGGUGCCGAGUGCUGCAUCGUCGAGCUGUGUGCAAAGUCGGAGCGCAUUGAUGCGUUCAUGAAGCUGGUGGCACCGUUCGGGAUUCUCGAGGCAGCUCGCAGCGGACGCAUGGCCAUGUCGCGCACAGCGAGGCUGUCGCUGUUCGAGGACCACGACGCGACUGCUGUCGAGGAGGAGGCUCUGGUCAUGGAAUCGCCGGAUCUGUCCAACCUCCCUCCCUCGUAG